AUGGCUGAAGCGAGUCUCUUCAUCAAACACGAAUCCGACGACCAUCUCAAUCCUUUCAUGAUGUCGCACUCCGGUUACUCCAUGGGUAACCAGUUCGGCAACCACCCCAACGAGGGCGUGGACCCUUCCGACUUGACCAUGCAGCAGCAGAAUGGCUUCAUGCCUUACCCGUAUGGUUCACAACAAAACAUGUCCAACAGCUUCAACUUCGGAAACUCCGGCAUCGACACGGAUGAAUUACUGGAUUUGGAGAUCAGUGGUCAGAAUGGCCACCAGCGCGAUAACAUGAAUUACCUGCAGGACCAGUCUGCCGGCGGCAUCGCCAUGAGCCACCAGAGUCAGAUGUCGCAGAUGUACUCCAACACUCCCGACAACGCGCCGAUGGCCAGCCCCUUCGUCCAAAACAGCUUCAACUUCGAUCAAUACCGGAUGAACCAACAGAACCCGCACGUCCAGAAUGCCAGCUCCUUUGACCAGACCUACCUCGGCAACAAGCGUCGGAGCUUACAGGGAAUGGAUCGUCCUUCAUCUGAUGGUCGCAGCCCCAUGACCCCAAAGACGCCUGCAUUGGGUUCUUUGACCCUGGGUACCCCCGAAUCCGGCAGCUUCCAAUCUCAACCAAUUCGUACCGGAAUCCAAGCUCGCCACCAGAAGACUCUGUCCAAUCAAUGGGAUGGGACAUCAGGCAGCGCUCAGUCAUACGCCGAAUCUUCUCCCAUCUCUUCUCCUCACCAAUCUCACCACGCUGGCAUCUCUGAGAUCAUCAAGUCUGGCAAGCAUGCUUCCCUGCCUGCCAAGGUCGACAGCCAUCUCCCUGGUGGCGGAGACCUCGAAUCCCAGGAAGCCAAGCGCCGCCGCCGCCGUGCCUCGCACAACCUAGUCGAGCGGCGCCGCCGCGACAACAUCAACGAGCGCAUUCAAGAUCUAUCACACUUGGUUCCGCAACACCGACUCGAAGACGACAAGGUCCGGAAGCAACUUGUCAACAGCAGCACUCUCUCCAUGGCAGGCGCAGGUGGAAGCGCCGCCACAUCACUUCUCGCUGGAGGAAAUGGCCGCCGCGCGACACCCGGCAACAUCACCAUGGGACUUCCAAUCGAAGAGAAGGAGAAGGGUCCCAACAAGGGCGACAUCCUCAAUGGCGCUGUCAGCUGGACCCGCGAUCUGAUGUGGGCCCUGCACGUCAAGUAUCAACAGGAGGCAGAACUAGCCGAACUGAUCGCUAGCCUCGGUGGCACCUGGCCAUUCGAACAAACCGAGGAAGAGAAGCGCAUGCGUAGCGAGAUUCUCGACGCACUUGAGAAGAACGACCCUACCUCCUUCAGCUACACCCGUGGACCGGGCAGUGGCCUUCGCGUUCCUAAGCACACCAACAUCGCCGGCGACGCCGUUCAAGGUGGUGACAUGUCCGGCCUGACCCCUCCCAGCCUGAGCCCCUCGUUCCACAGUGGUGCCAGCAGUGCCAACGGCGCCGGUCAGCCUCAAUACUGGAACAGCGCUGGCCAUGCUGCCAUGAGCUUCAAGGAGGAGGAUGAGUAUGGCAUGGAGAUGUAG